GUGAAAACAGGCACUGGUUUAAUGCGUUGUACAUUUGAUGCUUAUUGGCUGUUAAAAAAAUCACGUGGUAUUUUUUUCAAGGUCGUACAAUUUUCACUGUAUAUAAAACGUUUGAAUGGACUCAAAGAAUCGAAUUGUAAAUAAAUUCUCAUUCAUCACAAUUACUUGAUAGAGAUCGUAAUAGAUAUCUCUUGAUUUUAAAAUCAUAAUUUAUACAUCAUCUACAUAUGAUCAAGGAGCAACGCUAACUUUCAGAGUUUUAAUUAACAUUAGGAAGAAUUGAUAAAUAUUUCAGCAAGUCAUUGGUUUUAAUGGAUCGUACAAGAUUCGAGAGAAAUUGAAUAACUUGAAAACAUGGUAAAUAAAUUUAAACAAAAGUUAAAAUUGUAUGAAUGAAACAAAAUAUAAAAAAUCAACUAAUUAACCUUGGCUCUUGAAAUUGAAAGUAAAAAAAAUAUUUGCUUAUUCACUGGCGUUUGUUUGCGUAAUCCAGUAUUUUGUUUCCAUGACGAAAUGUGUACAAACAAUUUGUAGAUGAUCUCGUAAAGUAAUUUUUCGUAAAAGAGUGAAUACAGAAUGCAACAAGAGACAGUAGUUGAUACAAAAAGCUCUAACACGACCCGGCUGGUACAGCUGAAUAAGUUCAAGAAGGGUGUAACAGCAUUAAGCAGCAGUGGAGAAAAGAGCUUGGUGAAAUGUAUCAACCGUAAGCCCCAAGUACCAACGAAAUGUCAAAGGAAACCAUAUAUACGAGAACCAUGUACAAGAUUUGCUGCUAAACCUUUCUCAAAGUCUGCUAAAGUUUUCAAGCCAAAAAAUAAUUAUUUUCAAGUGUCAUCAUAUCAACCAGCUUUUGAAGUUCCCAACACUUCUUCAUGUAGAAAAAGUUUGUCGAUGAUAGAAUUAUCUCCUGGUACUCAUAGUAAUAACGUUGAUAACAGGUCAAAACGAAGUUUAAUGCUGAUGGGUCAAGGUAUACCUAAGAUUCCGUGUUCAACUACUAAAUCCACUGGUGGUGCGAAUCAUGAUCAAGAGCAUGAGGAUGUAUCAAAAAAAGCUUCACAUUUGGUCUGUCAUGUUUUAAUAUUAAAUGCUUGGAGAAGAAGACGAGAAGAAGUUGUAGAGCUUCAGGGUAUUAUUGAGAAGUCUGAUCAACAGAUUGAUCAUCUGCAGUUGCAGAUUGUCGUGUUGAGAAAGCUCUUGGACACCGAGAAUAGCCGAGUUGGUAAACUUGGCGCAGAAGUUCAUCGUGCUAAAACACAACUGGAUGGUGUUAUAAAAGAAAAAGAGACGAUUCACGAAGAAAAAAAGAAAUUAGAAAAUGAAUUUGAAUUGUUGAAACAAUUAUCAGAAGAGCGUAGAAUAGCUGUAGAAAAUUUAAAGAAUGAUCUAUUUUCAACAAAGAGUCAACUGGAAGCUCUGGAUUCUCAGAUGGCCAAAGAAAGAGAAAAAAUUCUGAAGCUUCGAGAAGAUAAAAAAAUUCUACUUGAAAAGGUGUUUGCAAAUGAAGCCCUGGCUAAAGAACGUGGUGAACGAGCACGAGCAGCAGAGAAAACAGUUGAAGAAUUGCAGGAUAAACUUAGUAUCCAUCAGGGAAUUAUUGAGAGCUUACAAGAAGAUAAUCUUUUGCUCAACAAAACAAUAACGGAUUCAGAAACGGAAAAAAUGGAACUUACACAACAGUUGUUAAGUAGUGCAGAGAUUGAAAAAAAUUUAAACGACAAAAUAAUUCAUCUUGAAAUACAGCUAAGCGAUCGUGAAACUGCUCUUCGACGUUUUGAAUCAAUUUACAAUUCCCAGUUAAUUGAACUCAAAGAAAUAAAAGAAAAAAUCAUAAGACAAAGUGAAGAAAUGGGAUGGAGCAGCAAAUUUUUACAGAUUGCAGGAAAUAUUGUAAGAGUUCCUAGAGCUAUCUUACGUACACUUUCAUUCUUGGCAGUAGGUGGAAUUUCUUCACACCCUUAAAUACAAAACUGGGUUAUUCAUUCUAUGAUGAAAAUUAUGAAUUGCCACUUCACUCUAUUCAAAUAAAAAUUUCAAAUGGAGAAAAAUUUAUAAUUCAGGAACAACCUCAAGAGUAUUCCAAAGAAUUUAAGUGAAAUAUUUAAUGUCGAUUGAAAAUUUCAUAUGUAUGCAUUUGUAUUUUAUGACUCGUGAAAAACGUGAGACGAUAAAGAAGUAGUAAAGCUCUAGAACGAAAAAAAAAAAGCACUAAUGCAACUGAAAUAUUUUUAAACAUAUAUGGAAUUAUAAAGUAUCAUAAAUCAAUAUAACAAAAUGUUUUGAUUAAUAUUGGAUAAAACUUUUUUUUAUUUUUUUUUUUUUUUACUAGACUUAUAUACGAAUCAUCUAUGUAACUGU